AUGAUAUUGUUAGAGCUUUUGAGUGGAAAAAACCCAAUGGACGGGAGCUUCGAAGGAGAUCAAAGUCUAGUAAAUUGGAUAAGUCACGGGUUCCAGAAGAAUGAAAUUAUGGAAGUGAUUGAUCCUAAACUCAAGGGACUCAUCGAUAUUUCUGGUGCACAACUUCAUUCAAAACUUGAUUGUGUUACAAAAAUUGUGGAAGUUGGCUUGGCUUGCACUAGGUAUGCAGCUGGUGAACGAAUUAACAUGAGAAAUGUGCUACGUCUACUGAAAGAGGCCAAAGCGAUACUUGUCAAGGGAGAGUAG